CUCGAUCGAUGACGAUUCGGAUCAAGAUGGCGGACGACGAUUCGGAUCUUCCGCGGAACACCUAAAGAGGACAACCGAUAAGGCGUCGUCGGGCCGCCCGAAAUGACGAAGACGAGGUUGUCGGACCCACGAAAGCGAUUCUAGGACAUAAGUGAUGCUUAAUGAACGCGAAGAAUCCAACGAGUCCGGAUUCCGACGGGUCCAGCAUGGACAGGCGGCGAUCGUCACCUCCGUCACUGGUGUCCGGGUCGGCGGGCAGCAACGAGAGGGACAUCUGUCGGAUCUGCCACUGCGAGGGCGACGGCGACACCCCCCUCAUCUCACCCUGCUGCUGCACCGGGAGUCUCCGUUACGUGCACCAGGCCUGCCUACAGCAGUGGAUCAACAGCUCCGACACCAAGUGCUGCGAACUCUGUAAAUUCGAAUUCAUCAUGCACACCAGAAUCAAACCCUUCAGAAAGUGGGAGAAGCUGGAGAUGUCGCCGGUUGAGAGGAGGAAGAUGGCGUGCUCCAUCACCUUCCACGUGGUGGCCAUCACCUGCGUGGUGUGGUCACUGUACGUCCUGAUCGACAGAACGGCCGAGGAGUUGCGUUCCGGCAUAUUCGAGUGGCCUUUCUGGACCAAGCUAGUGGUGGUGGCCAUCGGUUUCACCGGAGGACUGGUCUUCAUGUACGUUCAGUGCAAAAUGUACGUUCAGCUCUUUCGCCGGUGGAGAGCCUACAACAGGAUCGUCUACGUGCAGAACGUGCCAAAAAAGCCCACGGAGGUCCCCCCGCCCCUGUCCGAACCGGACAGCGGCGGCGACGCCGGUUUUCGAACGUCGAGCGAACCUUGCGGCGACGGGGCGGCGGAGGAACCGCGCGCCACCGCCAGUCACCGGACCGCGUUUACCAGGACCGAACCCGGUCUUUCGGCCGGCGCGCGGUAGAAACGGCGCCCCGGCGGUUCGAAACCGCGCGCGCUUUCGUUCUUUCGUUCCCGUUGUCUCCGUCGGCAUCGUUUUUUUUCGCCGCCGGGACGGGCUCGACCGCGCAAACCAGCGACGCGUCGCGCGAA